UUCAUGUUUGCUCAAUUUUGUAAGACACCGGUGAAGCUGCUCGGGGUAGUUUCCAACAGUUUACAAAGUUUUAGAGAUAUUGAAUUAGAAAAUGGAUGAAACUGUCAGUUUACCACACCAGACCAACAAAACUACAACAGUUACAUUGGUGGAGACCAGCAGUAACCCGAGUGGAGUAGUGCUGGUUAGUCCCUAUCAAACUAACCGGGUGGGGGAUCCCAUGGAUCUGGUUACUCUUGCACAACAAGUACAGAAGGGUGAUGAGUUUAUCAGAGCAAAUGCUUGCAACAAACUCACAGUCAUUGCUGACCAGAUAAGAUACCUUCAGGAACAAGCAAGAAAGGUGUUGGAAGAUGCCAAGAAAGAUGCUGAGCUUCACCAUGCAGCCUGCAAUGUUGUGAAGAAACCAGGAAACAUGUACUAUCUUUACAUGCGUGAAUCUGGACAGCGCUACUUCUCAAUUCUGUCUCCAAAGGAGUGGGGUUCCAGUUGCCCGCACAAGUUUCUUAGUGCUUACAAACUUCAAUAUGACAUGUCUUGGACACCACAGGAGGAGGUUGCAAAAAGGGAUGCUGAAAUUGGCAUCAUGGACAAACUGUUGAACAGUCAAACUGCACUUCCAGCUGCCACAGAGCCCAACUUUGAGGGUCUUUCAAAGUGAGAGGACACAACUCACU